UCUCGUUUGAAAAAAUUCUUGAAAAAGAAAACCCAAACAUAAGCGAACAUUAAUUUUGAUCCACUUAUUAAUUGUUGCAUGUUUGUUGAAUAUUUUUCCGGAUACAAAGAUCGUUAGCGAAACAUCUGCAAUUUAUACCUUUCAAGAAUGGCGGCAUGGAUACGUGAAAUCUUACUUUACAAAUGGUAUGAUACUCCGGAUGGCGAGGAUUGUAUAAAGAAAAUGAUUUAUUUAGGAAGGAUGUCUGGAAUAGCAGGAAUGGCAUUCUCCUAUUUCGAAGUUGGCGCAAAUCGCCAUUUAAUUCCCGUUCAGACCCCUACUGGAUACGCGAUUCGUUUUGUCAGCAGUACAGCCCCAUUUGUGGCUGCUGGUGUAGCAUUCGGAGGGGUAACUUGCCUCAUGUGCUCAGCGCGCAAGAAAGAUGAUUUUUGGAAUUACUUUUGGGGAGGCAUGGCAGCCGGUGGUGUCGUGGGAGUACGCUUCAAAUCCGGUACUCUCGGAACCGUUGCCGGAAUUCUUUUUGGAUUUAUGGCUGCGUUUAAAAAGCAAAGCAAGAAGGAAAAAGGUCUCUUCGUGUUCUUUGAACCGAGUGAUGAAACUGUGGGUCAGGGUCAGUGGCAGAAAUGGCGUUUCUCCUUGUCCUGGCAAAGCUUCGAUAAGAGUUUGUCCAAGUACUACGAACCACGGGGGCAUACGUACUACUUCCCGUCUACCGUCGGUCCUUUCCCACCGGCUAACUGAGUUUUGCGCUGAAUGAUGUCUUCGAUAGUGUGCAAAUGCAUUGUUGUCAUUUCACGAAUUUUAAAAUAGACUGUUUCGCUUGACACUGAAUAAUCCACAAAUUCAAAGUGUUUCCUCGCGUGUGUUUUAAUUUACUUUAUUCGUAUGAACAACGGGUGGAAUUUGUGAAUAUAUUGUACUUAAAAUCCGACCGUUGCGAAUCAGAACUUUGCAUUUAUUGUACUCCUGACCGGCGGCAAUGUUGUGAUAAUACGCUUUAAUCACAAAGUUCAUAAAAUCACGGCAGAUUAAACGAUUCGCUC